UGAGUCAAACGCAAAGUCAAUGCCACUGUGUCACAAAAAAAGAAAGAAAAAUGCGCACUACAAUGUGGCAUUCGUUUUGGAAACUGUUGUAUUCAACGCGUAGUGACCGCCUGUCCAAAUCGAUGUUGCCGUGAUUCACUUUGCAAGAAAUGCAAUUGUGCGUUAGCUUGGACAAAGUGGACACAUGACAUGUACCGAAAUCCUUCAUUUGUCAACGGAGGAUCGAGCAAGCCGACGAGUGUGUUCCAGGUCUGUGCCGUUAUUAGUCGUUAGUUGUCUGAAGUGAAGGAUUCGGUGCGCUGCACCGGCCAUGUGAAGUUAAUCAAGCCGCAACUGUGGUAGGUAGCGGUUUUCAUCACAGCAUUGGUGAUGUUUUCAGGUAACUAACUUCGGAGGCUUGCAAAACAAUUAUGGUCUCCGGUGAAUGUUAUAAGAGACUUAUUUGUGAGCUUACCGUUGGAUUAAUUAAUGACGUCUUGAUGACGCAGGCGAUGCCACAAAAAUCCAUUUUGCGUUGGGUUUGAAGUCAAAGUUUCCUUAUAUUGAAUUUCAUGCGGCGAGUAAUUCAGAACAGCCUAGGAGCUGUUCAACUCAAAACAAGCCAAACUGAGAUUUCUUCCCAGACCAAGCGAAAAACCUAAAUCAUCCGUUUUAAAGUCGACCAUUUCAAAACACUGCCUUGCGGUCGCGGUAGUCGUCACAGCGAGUGCGUUAGAUUGGAAUGGUGAUUGCUCGGAUUGGAUGAGUCUGUUCUUCAGACCUUCCAUCGUGAAUCAUGAUUCACAAAUAUUGGCUGACCUUGGCCGUCGUCCUCGCCUCUUAAGAACUACCGCCACGGCAGACUCCUAGGUGCAGUACGACUCAACAACGCGGGAGAUAUUUGUCGAGACUGCCACGGGAGACAGAAUUAUUCCUAUUAAAUCUGUCAACUGAAGCUCUUUGCGACGGAAGCAGGAAUUGCAGCAGACGUGUAACGAGCCGUCAUCAUGUGCGACGAUAGCGUGUUGGUACUCGAGAGCGAGCUAAACACCCCGGCCAAGAACUGCUAUCGCCUGGUGGUGCUGGGCUCCUCCAAGGUGGGCAAGACUGCCAUCGUCAAGCGGUUCUUGAAUGGUCAGUUUGAGGAGCAAUACACCCCCACCAUCGAGGACUUUCACCGGAAGAUUUACAAGAUCAAGGGCGAGGUGUAUAGGCUGGAUAUCUUAGACACCUCGGGGAAUAAUCCUUUUCCGGCGAUGAGCAGGUUGUCAAUCUUAACAGGUGACUUUUUCCUGCUGGUGUAUAGCAUAGACAGCAUGGAGUCCUUCCAAGAAGUGCGCCGCCUACGACAACAGAUCAUCGACACCAAGAGAAGCCGGAAAGGAACCAAGGCAGUCCCCAUGGUGAUCGCUGGUAACAAGACGGACAGGAACGAGCACAGAGAGGUCACGCUGGAGGAGGCCAAGAGGGCAUUCUCUUCCGGCAGACGAGUCACGUGCCACGAGCUGUCGGCCCUGGACGACAGCAACAUUGACGGCGUGUUCCGAGCCCUCUUCGAAAAUGCCCGGCUGCCGAGCGAGAUGGCGCCCUCUAUGCACAAAAAGGUGGCAGCUGCCACCUCCACUAAUCUGAACAGCGGGACGAGCCCCAGAGGGCUAUCGCUGCGCAGGCGCAUCAGCGACGCGUGCGGUGUCAUCUCGCCCAACGCGCGGCGACCGAGUCUGCGCAGUGACCUGAUGCAGGUCAGGACCAAUGUGUUGCGAGAGGAGCACCACCACAAUGACGACGAGUACGAGGAUGAGACGGAAGGAGACGAAACUGCGUCUGGAGGGAGUACAAAGAAGCGCGCAUGUCUUAUCCAGUGACGGCAUCGCAUCAUGCAUCAGCUUAAGGCAUGCCUACUCCCAUGAAAAUUUAUUGUGCUAGCCACUUUUCACAGCCUUAUUUGUUUAUACACAAUUCAUGACUAAAUUGUAUGCAAACUCGCUAUUUCUCGGCACUUCUUACUCUGUGGGUGUAUGCCUGAGCAAUAGUGUGUCCCAGUGGUUGGUUGCACUGAAUGUGCGUAGGGAUGCGCGUAUGAAGUAGACGCAAUGUUUGUGCGAGUAGUCAAGAAACCAACUCCACUCUUUCAACCUGUAUGUGUCUGCCCCUGAUGAAAGGAUUGGCUUAACGUCAGUGACUGAGUAAGCAUGUUUCGACGUUUGCAUUAAUUAAAUCACAGUGACAUGAUUGACUUGCUUUUUGUAAAAGAGACUAGGCUUAUUAAUUGAUGUAUUUUCGUUAAAAGAAAGACCAGCAUUUUUCAGAAAAAUAAAGGUUCUUUUUUUAUUACUAACACCAUAGCGGGCUGCGUAUUAAAGACAUUGGCGCGCUUCACAAGGAUGAAACUGAUCUCAAGAGCAAUGAGACUGCGGUUCAGUCUGCGCAUUGGCGAAUAUGCCCUUAAAAUUAAGGGAGUUGAAAGGAGUCGUGUCCGCAAGCAACGACUCGCGGCCGAACAGCAAGUCACUAUUGCCAUAAAUGGUCUAAGCAGAAGUAUAAUUGCGCAUGUUUUGAAUAAUACAUUUGCAUAUGCAUAGCUGCACUCGCUUUAUCAAUAUGGAAUCAUGCCAUUUUAACUUCUCUAUAAAUACACAACCUAACUGUUGCGAUUUGCAGAAGGCAUUCGGUGGACCAACACGUUCGCUACCACAUCACUGCGGUCGUGUUGAAUGAUUGUGCUCUUUAAAAGCCCCACCAAGUGAUCUCUGCGCUCAUAAUUGUGUCAAAACGCUAUCUCUCAAACGGAAGAGGUAUUGAUCUUAAGUGGCAAUCGUUGCAAUCUUGCAUCUGGCGGAACCUCACACAUUCGCCCCCGGUCCCGCGCAACUCCCCCUUGGUAAAGUGCCGUGACGACACUCGUCUGCGACUGUAUUUUACUCUUGAUCGAUGCAGACAUUCAACGAUACGGGAAAUGGCACUCUAGCCGGCAAGAGAGCAAAUAAUUCAUGUUGCUGAACAUGAAAGAGCCAACGAGUGUCUACCUGGGUAGCAAACUGAGGUCGUGUACAUGACAUUGGCACUGUCCUAUUCACCACUUGAUGUAAAAUCACCGCCCGAUGCACAGCUAAUAUAUACAGAUGAAAAAACAUUAUCGGCAGCCCAGCUGUGCCUGAUGGCUAUUCUUCGAAGUGGUGACUGACCCUCUACCCUCUUUACUUGAAUUCAAUCAAACUUGGCCUGCAACUUAAAGCGAUGAGUCACGGACGGUACAGGAUAAACUUCGCGUUAAGGACUGCAAACCGUGAUCCCCUUUUAAUCUAGGUUCGGCAGGUAGCAGCCGUCGGAUUUAGGUGCAUUCUGGUUCGCCAGCAAUUAAGAACAUCAGAUGCGUUAAGCCGCGGGAGACUGUCCGGAUGAAAGCCUACCUCAACCCGGGGUCCCUGCUCAAAGUUAUGCAGACGGUACACGGCGCGCUCCUAAAGCAGCAUGCCGGAGUGACAGUCUGAGCGUCACAUACCUGCUCGCGGCGUCGUAAAGCACGAGGACCGAUACUAGUAGAAGACACACGAGGCUUUGAUUUCUUCGGGUUAUCGGAUAUUGUUGAAACAAAAUAAGUACAUGGGGGAGACUGAGCGACGGUUUAUUUAAGGCGAACUGAAUGCCUGGAAAUGACAGGUGAAAAUAAAGUCGCAGGAGUCGCGUUCGUACCAAUUAUGGUGUUAAAAUGUUUCAGUGAGGGUGUUACGGGCUGACUUGUACGUGCUAUACUGCUUAUUGUGCAACGUAUAAAAAUGUGGUGUCAGAAGUGGGAUCCUGUUCAGAGCAGUAUAUGACUGGUUAUGAAUAAAUGGCUCAGAAUGCGAUUGACAAGCAAAUCUUAUUCACGCUUCUAACUUCAAUGAAACCACAAGGUGUAUAGACUGGAAAAGGCGCGAAUUUAACACUAGUUGUGGAACAAAAUAAGUGUGAAUUCUGCUUAGCCUUUCAUCAACAGCAGUUUCGUGACAUUAGGGUGCAGGUUUUACUUUGUUAACCAUUUGUUUUGUGUAAAAUGACAGGUAUUACAGAAAGCGCUACUGUAACAUCCUCGCGGCACUAUACUUAUCCUAUACUUUUCCAAAAUUUCUUAUUCACAGUGGGAAAAGUAGAGAUGUAAUGGGAAAAGUUAUUUGAAAGCUCUUGACUUCGCGACAUGAAAUAUACCUACCUGUACUAGCCGUCCAGGUUUAGCAGAGUAAAACACGAACGUCUGGUUGUUUCGGCAAUAAUUAUCCACUGAGAAAUGCUGACUGAGCGGUUGCCAAAGAAUUACUUCUAUUUCAUGUAUGUACGAAAUACCAAUCAUAAUUUUAACGAAUCUUGUCGGAGAGCACUACCUGAUUAUGCGUGCAGUACAACCCCCCCAAAAAAAAAACUCGACAAAAGCUUGCAAUCCAUAAAAAUGCUUUCCGGCAUCGCGAUAGGCUUUAUUGCGAGAAUACUUCCAACUUUUGCAUUGUUUUUCACCACUUGCCUUUGCUUUAUUUUAUCAAUAAAACGUCAAUGUUGCUU